AUGGCAAACUAUCCGUAUCCUAUGCAGAAUUUUUUCGCACACAACCCUUACACAACGACACAAUUGUCAUGCCUCACUCAAUCUUCUAUACAACAAAUGAAUAAAAGUUCCUUCUUCAGCAUAUCACAGCUCUCAUCACUUCGAUCAGUGCGUGAUCCAUUGCUCGAAGACCCAUGUACCAAUAAAAACCUACGAAUAAGCAGUUCUUCAGCUGACAUCUCGAAAAUGUCAUUGUGUGAAGUAAACUUGGAUGAUGUCCCGAUGGAACUUGUUACUUCUGAAGAAGACUCUGAAUCGGAGUAUACCGAUGCUUUCCUCUCGGCAUACACUGAUCCAGAAGAUGAUUCACUUGUUCAAAAUUGUACUGCAGAAUUAGAUGAAAUCGAACUCAGAAGCCGUGCCCUAAGGAGUAUGCUGCUUCAGAAAAAAACCAGCACCGUAGAUAAAACACUGUCAAAACCUGA